AGUAAAAAUAAACAAUUUACGUAAAUUGAAGAGCCGAUCCGCUGAAUACGUUGGAAUUUAAAUGGUAUUUGUUCGAAGUUGUGCGGAAAAGCGUUUUAGUUAUGACUGUGAAAUUAGGACACAAAAAGAAAAAGAAAUCCAUUGAUGAGCAUCUAAAGGGUCAUGUUUAUUUUGGCGUGGAUUCUGGUUUUCAUUCAGGUUCGUCGCACGAUUUCAGGAUACAUAGAAAUAGUUCAAACGAGCGACUGCAACUCCUGCAGGCUUAUGCUGACCUGCAAACAUCUGAACUCAAUCAUCGCCAUCCUGGACGUAGAAUUUACGCCAGGCCACGUCAACGACACUUUGGGAAAUACCAGUGUUACGCCCACCCUCUUCCCACCUGUACACCCCAGGGGUUGCCUCAAUCAAAGAUGUUCCGGUGUUAACCACUGUAGUUUCAUUCUAGAAGAAGACUGUCCAGGAUCUGAUUUGGGUCCAGGAACCUUAUUUGUAAAAUAUGCAUGUGUUACUGAAGACAGGAUUAAGAAGUACUGCAACAGUGAAAUAGUGCUGCCGAGCAAGUUCACAACGGGAAUAUCGGAGGGAUUCAUCCAGAAUCCCGGUUAUCCCAGGUUUUACUCGGGACAACGGGAGUGCCGCUGGAAGAUAACGGCCCCCUCCCAGCAGAGAAUCCGGCUAACCAUCCUGGAUAUAUCUGUUAUUGUGGAUAAUGUGAGUUCCGAAGAGGAAUGCACAGAUAUCCUCCAGAUCAAAGACACCGGCCAAGUGAUAUACUCAACUUGUCGCCAACAAAAUCCUCCAGCUAAGGUGAUCUCGGGGAGUGAAUCCAUUGAGGUAGUGUUGACUUCAAGGGACUACUUCAACCCACUAAGAGGUUUUUUAAUGCAUUACACUGCCGUUGGAUGUCCUAUGCCAAACCUUCCACAGGAUGGAUACUUGGUAUACAGGACCGAUGAACUAGCGAUAUUCAGUUGCUGUGUUGGAUAUUAUUUUCCUGAUACUGGUAAACGAACAAAGAGCCUUAGAUGCUUAGGUGCUUACUGGAACAUUUCACUGCCGAUUUUAGAUUGCCAGAAAGCAUCUUUACUACAAAGUAAUCAAACACAGGAAAUUAUAAUCAAAUCUACAAAGACACGCAAUAUGGUAACAGAAUUAUUAGCACCAGUAUUACUUAUUGUGGUCCUCUUUAUAAUCAAUGGUGGUAUUCUAUUUUAUAUACUCAGAGCAAGGAAAAGGCAGACCUUAGACGAGAUGAAUGACGAUGAAUUAGGACCCAUCACUUCCUCAAAUUGAUUAUGUUUGCCUUAUUAAUUUAUUUGUAUUAUAAGAUUCUAUAAUAUAUUAUUAUAAAUAAUUUUUUUAAA